CUCACGUGAAGGUGGAGCACGGAGGAAAAUGAAAAUUUUCUCGGAGUCCCAUAAAACUGUUUUUGUUGUGGAUCACUGCCCAUAUAUGGCAGAAUCAUGUAGACAACAUGUUGAGUUUGACAUGUUAGUAAAGAAUCGGACCCAAGGAAUCAUACCCCUGGCACCCAUAUCAAAAUCACUGUGGACCUGCUCGGUGGAAUCAUCUAUGGAAUACUGUAGAAUAAUGUAUGAUAUUUUUCCUUUCAAAAAACUGGUGAAUUUCAUUGUAAGUGAUUCCGGGGCUCAUAUCUUAAAUUCCUGGACCCAAGAAGACCAAAACUUGCAGGAGUUAAUGGCAGCUCUAGCAGCUGUCGGACCACCUAAUCCUCGUGCGGACCCAGAAUGCUGCAGCAUACUGCAUGGUUUGGUUGCAGCAGUAGAAACACUCUGCAAAAUCACAGAAUACCAGCAUGAGGCCCGAACCAUGCUAAUGGAAAAUGCAGAACGUGUUGGAAACAGAGGAAGAAUAAUCUGCAUUACGAAUGCCAAAAGUGACAGCCAUGUUCGAAUGCUUGAAGACUGUGUCCAGGAAACUAUUCAUGAGCAUAACAAGCUUGCAGCUAAUUCAGAUCACCUCAUGCAGAUCCAGAAGUGUGAAUUGGUCUUAAUCCACACCUAUCCAGUUGGUGAAGAUAGCCUUGUUUCAGAUCGCCUUAAAAAAGAGCUUUCUCCAGUCUUAACCAGCGAAGUACAUAGUGUCCGUGCUGGACGGCAUCUGGCUACAAAACUGAACGUUUUAGUACAGCAGCACUUCGAUCUGGCUUCAACCACAAUAACCAAUAUCCCUAUGAAGGAAGAACAACAUGCUAACACAUCUGCCAAUUAUGAUGUGGAGCUUCUUCAUCACAAAGAUGCACAUGUAGACUUUAUAAAAAGUGGUGAUAAUCAUAUAGGUGGCAAUAGCAGAGAGGGUACAUUUAAAGAAACCGUAACAUUAAAAUGGUGCACGCCGCGAACAAACAGUGUUGAAUUGCAUUAUUGCACUGGAGCAUACAGAAUCUCACCUGUAGAUGUAAAUAGCCGACCUUCCUCCUGUCUUACCAACUUUCUUCUCAAUGGCCGUUCUGUUUUGUUGGAACAACCACGCAAGUCUGGUUCUAAAGUAAUUAGCCACAUGCUUAGUAGCCACGGAGGAGAGAUUUUCCUGCAUGUAUUGAGCAGUUCUCGAUCAAUUCUAGAAGAUCCCCCUUCAAUUAGUGAAGGAUGUGGUGGGAGAGUCACAGACUACAGGAUUACAGAUUUUGGUGAAUUUAUGAGGGAAAACAGAUUAACUCCUUUUCUAGACCCCAGAUAUAAGAUCGAUGGAAGUCUUGAGAUUCCUUUGGAACGAGCAAAAGAUCAGUUAGAGAAACAUACUCGUUACUGGCCUAUGAUUAUUUCGCAAACCACCAUCUUCAACAUGCAAGCUGUAGUGCCAUUAGCCAGUGUUAUUGUGAAAGAAGCUCUGACAGAUGAGGAUGUGCUGAAUUGUCAGAAAACAAUAUACAACUUGGUAGAUAUGGAGAGGAAAAAUGAUCCACUGCCAAUUUCAACAGUUGGUACCAGGGGAAAGGGUCCAAAAAGAGAUGAACAAUACCGGAUUAUGUGGAACGAAUUGGAGACCCUUGUUAGAGCGCAUAUAAAUAACUCGGAUAAACACCAGCGAGUCUUGGAGUGUCUCCUGGCUUGCAGGAGCAAACCUCCUGAAGAAGAAGAGCGCAAGAAACGAGGGAGGAAGAGAGAAGAUAAAGAAGACAAGUCAGAGAAAUCAGGAAAAGAUUAUGAACUGGAAAAACCCUGGCAGGAAUCAGAGAGAUUAAAAGGUGUAUUGGAUCGCGAAAAAGAGGAACUGGCAGAAGCUGAAGUUAUAAAAGAUUCUCCUGAUUCUCCCGAACCACCCAACAAAAAGCCUCUUAUUACAAUAGAUGAAAUACCUCCAGUAGAAAAAACAAAAGGGCCAAUGUCCUUGCUGUCUUUGUGGAGCAAUAGGAUUAAUACAGCCAAUUCUAGGAAACACCAAGAAUUUAUUGGUCGUCUGAACUCUGUCAACAAUAAAGCUGAGCUGUAUCAACAUCUUAAAGAGGAAAAUGGAAUGGAAACAACAGAAAAUGGAAAAGCCAGCCGGCAAUGAGUGUUGGUUUUUAAGAACUAUGCUUGGCCAUAUUUCAUGAAUAUUUUAUGCUGGAUUUGAUAUUGCUACCAUUUCAGUAAGAUUGUAUAGAUCUGUUGCUUUGAUUGGUUUUACAUUUUUCUGAUUUUAUCCUUUUUCUAUUAAAUGUAAAAUUUGCAUAUUACAUUCAGUGAAUUGUGUGCAAAUGGGAUUUGUCUUGAAGUAUCUUAUAAUCAUAUUUUAGGAUGAAAGGAUGUUUCUCCUGCUACACACACAAGUAAACCUGUGAAAUGAUACAAACUGAUUUUUAGGUCUGUUUAAUAUUGAAAAGCACAAUAUUCAAGCAUUUUAAAAAAACUUAUUUGAGCUUUUUUUCUGUUGUAUUGAUACAUUUUAGAUCUAUAUGAAACUUCUCAAGAGGCCAUGCUCUAGGAGAAGAGAAAUAUAAAAAUACCUAUUCAGUACAGACUCUUAAUCUGGAGUUCCUCGUUGAGAGUGUGCAGUUCCAGAUCAACAGUUGGGCAGUGGGGUGAGAAAUGGUUUAAAACCUUCACUAGAGUGUAAAUGAUUGGGGUGUGGUCAUGAACUUCUUAAACAAGAUGAAUUAUUAAUUUCAUCAAGAGAAUUAUUCAGUUUGAA